UAAGCAUAACAUCUUUUAAUAGGAACUUGACUAAAAUAAAAUAGUCUUUCGUUUAUUUUAUUCUACUUUUAUCCUUUGAAACCAAUUAAUGAAAAAUAUUGAUACAAAUUAAUAAAAUAGAAAUAAUUCCACUAGCGACAGACCGGUGCUUUCUCGCAUCGAUUCCUUUAACUGGUUUCCACAGAGCCGCAUGAUGACAACAAAGCGUUACUAUGAGCGCGUUGUGGCAGACCAGGCAGACCUUACCCUAGUCGACACGACAAUUUGAUACAGAAUUAAGCCAUUAAACAUACUCAGAGUUUUGUUUUGUGUUCUCUCGAUACAAUCGUUAGUGUCAUAUUUCAAAUUCUUUUCCAAAGAAAGCUCUAGGAAUUGCGUGUACGUUUGAAAUUUGUUGUGAAAUGCUUGCGAAUCGAUAGAAAGGCGGAUUGAACAAUUGAUGUGUCUGAGUCGAAAAUGUCACGCGGAAGUCGAACUUCCCGUGAACGAAGAUCUACGGUUGCUGAACCACUCGAGCAGGAUGACAGCGAGGAUGAAGCGUCGGUUCGCGCUGCGACGAAUAACAGUCAUGCGAGACGUGAUAGCACACCGUUGCAGAAACGAUGGAGCAGCUCGGAAGAAUCAAAUCAACCUUACAGCCGAGAAAUUAAAAGCUUGCCUUUGAAAGGAGACAACACCGAAGAUACAGAGACCGAGUCUCCGGACGUUAAGAGUAAUGACGAACCCCAUAGAAGUGAGAAACACGCUCGUGGAAAAGCGCGCUAUUCUGACGUGCAUGCGAGUGAAGAAAGAAUCGCAAAGUCUCUUGGAGAGAGAAGGAGGAAACGCAGUAAACGGAUUGAAAGACGGAAGCUUGGAGAACGGCCUCGCACGGCAGAUCGCGAUCGUGAUCGAACCGACACUGGAUCUUCCACGAGACGCUAUAAUGGAGAAAGUAGCCUCACCGAUAAGUCACGAAAAAGAGACAAGAACAUUUCUCGAGGAAAGCAAGCGGACGAUGAAAUGCCUAUCACGGAGAUUUUAAAGAAAGCUCAAGAAAAUGCUCGCACCAAGUACGAGGAACCUGUACCGCUUCUGGAACUGUCUACGGACACGAUCUAUAUUCAAGGCAGGAGUGGCUUUAGCGCCGUGAAAAUUGGCGGAUUUAGACGUGCUUUGGAGAACGAUACGACGCGUGCGACAAAAGGUGGAAUGGCAGACGAUCGCGAUUUCGCCGAGACUCAAACGCACACACUCAUAAGGGUGGCAAUUACGGCCCAGAAGUUCUGGAAACGCACAGGGCUCGUUUAUCAGGGCCUCUUGGGUGGGAUGGCGCUUUUGCAUUUCAUGAUGAUUCACUUCUUUUUCGACACUUCGAGAGAGUUUGUAUCGAAUUACUCAAUUUUUUCCGAGGCGUAUGCAAAUAUAUUCUCCUUCUUGAUCACUCUUUGUGUCAUCUCUAUCUUCGAUAAAUUCGAUCUAGUGCGGCUUGAUAUGGAUCACUUGCGCGAGAUUUAUGCGGACCAUGCGAAAACUGCGCUCUCCAUUCCACUUUACCUAGUAACGUUCGGUCUUCAUCAAGUGUCGUCGAAGAUCGAUGAUCAGUUAGCUUUGGCGCAUUAUUAUAACAACAACGAAACCACGUGGUCAAAUAACACAAUGUCGGAAAACUUUUUCGAUGAAUUAAACGGCUGGCAGAAGAUAACGACGACAAAAGACCUGCUAGCGGUUUUCGCUUGGUUGUUCGUCGCUCUCGGAACGCGGGAUAACAUGCUAUUGAUGCAUCUCGAGUCAAUGGAGAAGUAUGCGAGCGAUGAGGAAUCCCCUACAUGAUGCGGAAUUCCCUACAUGAUGCUCGACAAACGCGUCGAAUUGCGAUGAACAUUUAGAAAGUUGUUCCGCGUCGGAGAUUACGCGUAGAAAUUGAUUUUUAUGAAAUACUAAAACUCAGAAAUAUUUUUCAAAUGAUGAUUCGUUCUCCUGAAUAUUAUAUUACUUACCCCAUCCUUGAUGCAAAGAAUACGUAUUGAUAUUUACAGGAUAUUUACAGGUAUCAACGCAACGCAAAGGAAAAGUACAGUUUAAACAUUUAUUCGUAACAGAAUAGCGUUUGAUAUGUACAAUAUGUAUAAAGUUUACCUACAUGCUAAUCGAUAAUAUAUUUAUAUAUAUAUA